AACCUGUCAACUGUCAAUGUCAUUGAUUUUCGUGAGAAAAGUGGAUCGAUUGAAAAAUUGUUUACUUAUUAACAAUAUAGACCAAUUAACAAUGAAGUUACAUAUUACUCCAGAUAUUAAUAGUACGGAAACGUACCAAAAACUAUUUGCGAAACUUCAAAACCCCGAUGUUAAUUAUCAAAAUUUUGUCAAGAAUCUGGCGAAAUACCAGUUUCAAGUUAAUGCUGUUAUACAGGAUAUUUUAGGUUGCAAUUCUAUGGAUAAGUUAAAUGCCCUCAAUGAAAAAGGAAGAGCUUUACUGUCAACGCUGAGAGAAGAACUCGAUAGUUUGGAUUUGUACGGACGAGAAAGCGGUGACGAGAAGUUUAGUGUCGAAUUAGAAGCUCAAAAACAUUUAAUGGCAGGUCUGUUGAGAGAAUUUAGAGACGCAAAUGUAAACACUUUAUUUAAUAUUGAAAAAGCCCAACGAGAGGAAUUACUUAAGUCUAAAAUUGAAGGUGAAUCUAAUUUACGUAAUAGAAAAAGGCCAGGGAAGAAAGAUGGACUGUCAAUGAGUUCAGGUGUAACAGAACAGUUACUGGCCAUAAGUAGGCAAUUGGCCGACACUACACAGAGAAGUCAAGCUACACUUGACACUUUGGUGUCGUCUAGCUCUGCUGUACAUGGUACACAAUCCGAACUAGAAAAUACCGCUGGUACGAUUUCUCAAUCGAGCAAGCUGUUGAAUAAAUAUGGAAGACGAGAGUUUACUGAUAAAGUGAUAAUGUUCUUUGCAUUCUUGUUCUUUUUGGCUGUGUGUCUGUACAUUGUACAGAAAAGGUUGUUUUAA